GAUAUUCUUAGGGAAACUGUAAAGGAUAUUUCUCAGACAGAUCUUAAUGAAAUAAUUAAAACUGCUGUACAUAUCCGUGAAGAAGCAGACGCCAAACGACUCAUUAAAAAGGACCUAACACCCGAGCCUUAUCUUUAUCAAAUUCCAGAACCAGGUGAGCACUUUGAAUAUGUUGUAGUUAAGAAUAAUUCAUCGGAAAGAGUGGGGGACAAAAUGGAGUACCCAGAAGUAGCAAGACGACUUGGUAAAAAAAUCGAUAUUAGCUAUUAUCUGAAAAGUGUUGUCGGCCUCUGUGCACGAUUUAUUAACUAUGAUGAAUUAUUCCAGCCAUCAUCUGAAAUUGUGCUGGAAGCCUUAAAAAGGUUAAAAGAUG